GUCGGCAUUUCGGUAACGCGAGUUUUUAGUACGGUGAAGUUACGUCGCUGCAUCAAACAUCAAACUGCGGUCGAAACUGUACAUAGGACGAUCGCACGCGAGACGCCAUAUUGAGAGAGGCGAGUGUUGACCGAAUGUGCGGCUCAGGUGUUUACGCGGUUUCAGAUAAGAGCCGAGCUAACUGCAAAUCGAUCUUAUAUCUUUCGUCUGGAAUACUACGCACCGUGCACCGUAACGUGUACGCUAUUUAACGCGUAUUUGUGCUGACAUGAGCGGCAGCGACGGCGAGGACGGUCGACGUGAGAGGACCACCAUCGCCACUACCACCGGGGAAAGCGGUGUGGCCGCGAUGGGUGACAAUAGUCGAGCGAUAGCUGUGAAACAGUGCACCGAUGGCGGGAUUCCGUGUGGCGGCAUCGUUAGUACUCACAAUGAUUCCGUGCGAACGUGCCGAGACGGAGGUGCACCGAAUGACUGUGACGACGAGAACACGCGCGUCUCCUCCGUAGCCGAAUCUACCGGGUGCACAACAACCAACCAAGCUGUAAUUGAUGCAUUUAUUAGGGGUGCAAGAACAGCUAAUAUAGAUCGGUGUAAUAUGUCUCGAAGAAAUACCGAUGCACUUGCCAAGUUGUAUUCGCCUACAGUAGCAGUCGACAGCUUGUCACGUCAUGGAAAAGAAUCUUGUUCCUGUGAUACUUAUAAAAUUAAACGAGACAUGUUUCGGGAGGAGCUGCAGAAGGCUAUGAAGUUUCAGAAUUUGUGGAUUGAACUGCGACAGCAUAUACGAACUGCUUUUAAUACCGCUCUGGAAGCAGCGCGUGUAUCUGAUUCUUCGCAGUGUGACAGAUUACCUAUGAUUAAUACGCACGAUACUGUUAUUCAAUUAUGCAAAAUGGAUCCUCAUCAACUGUUUAUGAAAUUAGUGAGUCAGGCGCAAGAGUUUGUGGUGGAAGUAAAAGUCCGUUUGUUCGCUCUUCUGCAUGAUCAACAUGCAAACAAUCUAGCAGAAAUUUUUCUUACUGAUCUUUUGGAUGACUAUGAUGCCCUUGUCUCGACAGCGACUGAAAUUUCUGAAUUAGUAAAGCCAUUGAAAGAGUACCUCUUCAAGUUUAAUUUAACGUGGGAUUGUUUUAUCAAAAAAUUGUAUCAGAUCUAUGUAUAUAAUGACGCUCUAGUACAAAAUAACGUAUCCACGUUCUUCCGUCAGGUAAAAGAACUCGAGUCGUUAAAAACCGUGAGUUACGAACGUCUUGUCGACAGAUGUUUAACCUUUAAGGAUGAGAUGAAAAGAAUUAGUAAUUUAUGGCUCGAGACGGAGUCUUGGAUGGAUAAGUAUAAUGCAGAACAAGCCGUUCGUAUGACAAGGCUCAGACAAAUCAGGGAAGCCUGGGAAUUAUUCACGGCAACGCGCAAACUUAUGGAGCACAGCAUGUUGAACAAGGCGUCCGAUAUCGGGAGCGAGAUGCAGGAAAUACAUGGUCAAUUCUCGUCGCUUAUCGCGCAUACGUCUGGCAGUGAUAGCCGGUCCUUGAGUCCAACGUUGGACUUGAGUUCGGAUUCCAUGGCUGUGCCACCGAGCAUAGAGAUAGUUCAAAUAUUGUUAGAUGAUUGGAAUAAAGCUCAGCAUCAGAAGCUAGCGGACAUAGCAGGGGCGUUGACCGCCAACGAAAUGGACGCUCGACUGGGCGAUUGUUAUGAUAAAGCCAACCGUUACAAUUAUGCGCGUGCAACGUGUCAGUUGGCGCAAUACGCCAUUAGAUCGAUUAGGACUUGCAGUGAUGAUUCCGAUAACAUAGCGAAUAGAGAUGAAAAUAGAAAAAGAUGUGAUUGCCGCACGUGCAGUGAAACAGCAGUAGAUAGUACGGAUACAGAACACAAGAUUGAAAAUGUUGAGAAUAUUGAAAGGAAAGAUACAAAUUCCUUUUUAUCCUUCAGCAAUGGCUUUCCAGAAGGUUCCACGAAUUGUACGGUGACUCAAGUUAAGAAGAAAACGGACAAUUCGAACGAUAAAGAGAAAAAGAGAAAAGACACGCACGAUACCUCGCAUAAAGAAACAAAGAACGGAAGUUCGAAACACCAAUCAGAACCCGAACCUUGUUCGUGCGUUUUUGAACACGCACGGGAAAUGGCGGAAAAGAAAAAAGAAGUUUCGGAAAACCCGCCCUGUCCUUGCCUGCUGAACUCGAGGCGCAAGUGGAACACGUGCCCUUGCUUGAAUAAAUCUAUACCCGGGACAGUAAUGACCAACAGUUGUCCUAAAGCAAUAUCGCCCAUUUCCGUGACAAAGACUGCUCCAGAGUCGUGCAAGAAAUCUGUCGUGAAGACCGGUUUAACGCAAUCCGCACAAACUCAAACAAGACACUCGACGACACAAACGCCGAGCACGGCUCAUAAUCACAACGCGCAUCAGGGUAGGUGUAAUGCUCACUCGCACGUUCACAACCCGUUGUCGGAUUUGAAAAACACAGUUCCGUCGCAUCCGAGACUUCACUCGCUUAAUCAUACAUCGCACGCCUGUCACAAGCAAGCCAAUGUUGAGUACAUCAAGAGGGUAUCGUGUAAUGAUAUGAGCUCUGGCGAUUGUUCAGACUCUGGAAGCAGUCAAGAGGACUCGUGCUCUACUAGUAGCUCUGCGCAAAGGGACACUAAUACGAGACAUUGUGACUGUUGCUAUUGCGAGGUUUUUGGCCACGGGAUGCCGCCAGUCGCACCGGUAAGUCGGAACUACAAGGAAACACGGGAACGAUUGCGGCAGCUUCUGACGAAAAAGAAAGCGAGAAAAUGUAAAGCCGCUGAUUGUAGUCCGCCGAAAAGCCCAUCGGAGUCGUCGACUCCCAACACCAAUCUCGAAUCCAAGGUCAUGACAAAUUCGAUUCCUAGAUCAAACACCCCAAUUUUGACAACGCCGACAGUCCAGCAUGAUCAACGCGAUCAACGAGAUUUAGAGGAGCUGUUAGAAUUCAUCGAGGGUAAUCAAAGCGGAAAGAAGGAUAAUAACAAGAAAGCCGAAAAGAAAGCGAGACAGAAACAACGAAAGCUCGAAGAAAAACUAAAAAAAGAUAGACAAGAAGUGGAGAAACAAAAGUUGAUAGAAUUACAGAAAAAGACACCAGAGGUGACGAUUACCGUCGUAGAUCCCCAGAAGCCCAUACCUCCGAGACUGUUCCCUCAAUGUAAUUUACCAGAAGUUUCGAUUUUGCCAACAUCGUCGUCGGCAUCUGCACCUGUAUCUGCAUUAAAACAGUUACAAAAUAGAAAAAAAGACAAGCAAGAAGUAUCUAGUAAUAGUAGUAAUAGCAGUAGUAAUAAUAGUAUUAGUAAUUUGAAUAACAAGACAAAAACGACGUCUGCAAAUUUAAAUGCAAAAAACAAAAGUAUUAAUGGUACGGACAAGUAUGAAGCACGUAGUACGAAUAACAAUCAAGGAAAUAAGAGUAAUGCGAAGAGUGAUAAAGCUGAGAGCAAUAAAAGCAGUAGGUCGCUUCCAAGUAUUAAUAACGCGUGUACAAAAAGUAAUAGCUCGAGCAAUAAUGUGGAUAAGUUAUCCGACGUCGACUUGCUCGAUAAAAAGUUAACGAAAAAGGAGAGGAAAAAAUUGAAGAAAGAAAUGAAGAAGCUGGAAGAAGCUAAGACGAAGGAAGCCGAGAAUACGACGCAAACGGAAUCACAACCUCAAAUAGUCACCAUUAGGAGGGAAAUGAAUUCUAAUAAUGCCGAACCUACCGUCACGAUCACGUUGAAAGGUCAGACCCCGGCUGAGGAUAAGGUUCUGUUCACUUUGGUGAACGGACAAACUAAAGAACCUUCCCACAAAACGGACCAAGAGCAAAGCCAAAGCAAUAGUGGAAAAAAGAAAAAAGUUAAAACAAAUAAUAAUAAUAAUAAUAAUAAUAAUAAUAAUCCCUUGCAACAGGGAAAUAAGUUACAGCAGUCAAAUAAUUCGAAACAACAGACAACGUCACAGGCUAAGAUCUGCGAUAAUAAGAAUUUGAAACAGCAAACGAAUAAUGAAAAGUCAAAAACGAAUAAACAAACGGACGAUAAAAAAAUUCAACAGCAAAGUGUUAGCGAGACCAAAAUUUCCAAGUCGAAGAAAAACAAAAAGAGUACAGAGAACAAGGAGAACGUGUUGCAGCAGCAGAACACGGUGAACAAGUCAAAGAAUCAACAGAAUGUGACUAGUAAAAAACAAAGUAAAGCGAGUACGCCUCCUCAGACGCCGGUAUCGCAAAAACAGCAGCAGAAUCAGAAUAUCACAAACGAAUCCGCGGCUAAUAAGAAAGGAAAGAAACAACAGCAGCAGCAGCAACAACAACAACAAGAUAAAAGUCGAUCAAAUGCCAGUAAGAAUAGUAAAAAUAUUAAUAGUAAUAACGCGAGCAAUAAGAAUGUAUCGACUAAGAAUGAACCGCAGAAGAACGUAAAUAAAAUAAAUCAAACUCCUACAAAUAAGCAACGUGCGCCUGCAGAGAUUCAACCGUGCACCGAACGAGUCAGCUCACCAUCUCUUAGCAGCCAACUUAAAGACAUGGGUCCGUACUCCAAGAUUAAUAUCGAAGAUUUGAAAUUACCGCCAGGUAUUACUAUCACGAAGGUCGACGCGCCGCCAAAACCGCUCCCAAUCAGGACAAGUCCGUUACCGAAACCGGUGCAUCCUCCAAAACAAACUACCCUUUUCGCUGCGUCGAUGAAUGGCAUGCAAUCGAGCUACGCAAGCCCUCAAGCCGGCGGAAACGUCAUAGUAGUGGACACGGGCAAGCUCAAGCAAGACUUACUACCGAAAGCCAAUGAGAAAGAUGUAUCGAAGGAUCCGCAAUCUCAGAAUACAAUUACUAGCAAGAAAAAAAAAAAGAAGAAGAAGAAGAAUAAUAAUACGGGCAAUACAGCUUCGACAUCGCUGAUGCAAAAUAAUGACACGUUUGCGAACGAACAUGUAAUGGAUGAACCUGCACGGAUACUGCACAAUCCUGGCACGAAUAUGGUGACUAUUAGAAAUCCAUCAUUCGGUCCGAUGAAAGUGCCACCGACGCAGCAGGCAGCCAUCAUCAAAGUGUCGGAGAAUGGCAUGGUGACGAUCCGAAGUCCAGCCUUGCAGCAGGCGAUCAAUGCAGGUUUGGCCUCACCAUCCAAACCCGAUUACAUCGUCAAAGGUGACUUGUCGACAUCAUCGACGAGCAGAACAUCGGCAUUGUCCGAUAAUACGCUGAACGUUAAGCACGCGAAUGGCGUUAUUCCGUCGAGCUUGGCGGAGUUGCGCAGCCGGUUUAUGACACAGUCACAGUACGCGUCGCCCUUGUCUGCGCUCGCCAACAUUAGCAUCAGCAAGGUGACGAAUGGCCAGCCAAUACCGGAAAAUGGCAUCAAUCUUAAGGGUACUAGCGUCACUCUGACGAAGGUCAGACCUGAAGCGACGGAUAUGGAGAGCGCGCGACAGGCAAAGAAUGGCACGAUAAAGGAAGCGGCAAUAAAUGCCGCCUCGAUAGCGACCAACAGCGGCAGCGGCGGCGGCAGCAGCAGCAGCGGCAGCGGCGGUGGCGGCAAAAGCAAGAAAAAGAAAAAGCGUGGAAGCAGCACAAGGCAGUGUGAGGAUGACUGGAACCUCGUUGAUUCAUCGCACUGACGACGACUAUUUCUUUUGCUUCGUAUCCGGACAAGGCGUUAGGACUGCGUCGCGUUAGGACAAGACGUACAGGUUGUCUGCUAGAUCGAUUUUUCGAAUACCGGAUGAAAGAGAUGCACUCGAGAAUUGGCCUCCAAGAGUUCGUGUCCGGAAGAGAAAUAAACCAAUGGCCAGUGAGCACUAUCUUUUCUUUAUUUUCUUUUCGCAUUUGUCUCGCGUGAAACUCUCUCAUUUCGAGUACACCAUUCUUUUCGAGUCACUUCCGCUAAGUGCGACUCAUUUCUUUUUUAUUUGUAGUUACGAACGAUCUGUCCCAUGAGCGUAGAAUGAAUAGUUUCUAGUAUUUAAAUUUAAGCAUGAGCGCUCUUUUAGAUCUUGAAAGAGAGAGAGAGAGAGAGCGCGGAAAAGAGAGUUUAACAUACUUCCACAAUAGCAGAUUAUUUUAAAUAUUAGUACCGAGCGAUAGAUAGAAGUGAUUAAACAAAUAAUCUAUAGGUUUACAUCAACUAUGAGCACAACACAACGUACAUGGAAUUUCAUUGUGAUAGGUGAUACACGAAUGUGAUAUUAGUAUUUAAUAUACGUUUGUAGCAGUAUUUAAUAUAUUUUUAAUAUAUAAUAUAUUAUAAUCUAAAAUUAAACAGCAAGUUUCUUUUUAUAACUUAUUAUACUCUUUUUCCUUUUGGUCGAAAUAGUUUUUCAAAAUGCUGCAUGAAUAUGGGUAGUCAUCUUUACUCAUUUUCCUAUUCUUGCCUUUCAACAUGUUGGAAAUUGCUAUGAUUUUUUACUGUCUAUGUCAUAAAUUUAAAACAGACAGACUAGCUUUAAUAAAUUCUUUCUUAAAUGACUUUUAUUAAAUUGAAUUUUGUCAAGGAGAAGCUUCUUAAAUUGCAAAACACAUGACAAAACAUAAAAGUAUGGCUCGUUCAUUAACAAUUCUUUUUGAUACAGCUCUUAUUGUUAAUGAAAUGCAAUAUUGGAUAACAUAAAAGGGCACAAUUAUCUCUCACGCGAGUUAUCAACGGCACGAAAGAUUUAGAAAACGUUGACGCGAAUAUCGCUCCCUUCGUUUUCGCUCUCUGUGGGUUGCGUGUAGCACGUGCACAUCUUUUGAUUCACAUUCAGAUAAUAUUAUAAAUGUAGCACAAUGCCAUAGUUCACUCUUUCUUCUCAUUUAUUUGAUUACUUCUACCCAUACCACACAGCACAGUACGUAUUCUUGAUAAAGGAAAAAGUAAGAGGAGAAAAAAGAAGUAUGCAGCAGAUUUUGCCACUCAUUACCACGCUCACAGGCGGAUCACUAGUAUACCCAGUAUUCAGAGCGUGUCUUUUACAGAGAGCGUAUUCAGGCCGAAAGAUAUAGAGGACGGAGAGAUGGACGAUGCCGAGCGCGAGUUGGAAGCUUUCAAGAGGUUUUGCUUCCAAUCUGUGCCGCCGCGCCGCAAAGAAAAGGUCAAUCUCAAUAUCAAAGACAUCGUA